GAAACUUGAAGAGCUCGAUUGAAAAUCUUAGGGAGCUUCAGCCUCGACAAAUGCAUCAUCACUACUUACUGACUUUGCAAGUAUCCUCACCUCUCGCUCACAGGAUAAUUCAAGAAUAUACGCCUGGAAUACAACAAUCAGUACAUAGCAAAUCACUCUGUCCUUGAGUAUUGCCAAUUCUUCAUCAUAUGGUUUAGCAAUCUCUACCAAAAUCAUCACGAUAAUUAUGGCAGACGUUCGUUCACUUCUCAAAAAUGAGAGAGCUGCUCGUCGCAUCCAGCAUCAAUAUGCUGGAUAUUCGACUGCCGGUAAUUUGAUGUGCCUCGUCUGCCAUUUACAAAUGAAGAGUGAAUCAUUAUGGGAAGGACAUCUACGAUCACCAGGACACAUUUUACGUCUCUCGAAACAACAAGAAACAGAACGUGAACGUAAUGCGACAGCGGACACAAACAGCAACGACGGAAUUAGUAAAAAGAGGAAAUUGGACGAUGAGGAUGAGGAUACGGACAUGGAAUAUGGUACACAGAAGAAGCGCAGUAAAGCUACACCUAAUGCCUUGGAAGGAUUUUUUGUUCCAGCGGAAGACUCGUUGAACGAAAGAUCUGAAUCACCUUCAAAACCCGCGAUACCUCAUGAUUUGCAAAUUCCUUCUCGUCCUGCAACACCAGCGAAACCAACCAAAUCCCCACCUCCAAUUAAACAAACCACUAUAGAUGAAGACGAAUGGGCUGCAUUCGAGGCAGAUAUCGCCGCUGCGGAUGUCCCAACAGAAGUCGAAUCGGAAGCUGUCAUAUUUGCACCUGCAAUGACUGCGGCGGAAGUGGAAGCUCGAUCAGCUGAAGAAGAGAAGGCACGGAGAAAGGAGAAGCUCGAAGCUGAGGUAGAGGGAGAUAAAGAGGAUGCCAGUAGAAAGUUGCAAGAAGAAUUCGAGGAAAUGGAAGGCUUGGAACAGAGAGUGAAGCGGCUCAGAGAGAAGCGAGAAGCUUUGAGGUCGAAAGAAAAGGAAGCGAUCGCAACAGUACCAAUACCAACAGAAGCAAAUGCAGCAAUUGCAGCCAAUGAUGAAUUAGACGACGACGACGACGAUGAUGACGAUGAGGAUGAUUGGGAUGGAUUCAGAUUAAGAUAAUAAUCAAGUCUGGAUUUGUACUAAUACGGAGGCUGGCAAUAACGAUGUUUAAUAUUGUCUUAUUAUACCCUAUCCUAUUUAAUAAAGCAGGACAUCUGCUCCUCGGUUAUGAGGAUGUACAAUUGAAUACCUUCAAUUCUAAUCUGGAAAUAGUCCUAUUCAUAUACUGAAGAAGUGAAGUGGGAUUAUUAUGCAUAACAUGCAGUUUAUGUUUAGCAAGUGCUAAGUUCAAGAUAUAGUUCAAUCAAAUGCUCAUUGUCCCACGAUUAUCAACUGAGAUGUUUUCCAGAAAAUUAUUUGCUGUACAUUUUCGCGUCCAGCGCAUAUUUAUCGAUGAGUCCA